AUGCCCAGGGGUAUGAAAAGACGUGGGUCUGCCGCGCCCUUCGAGAGCAGCACUGGCGCCACCGACUCACCAUCCGCCUUCAAGCUCGUCAAAUACGACACCGACCGUGCUGGCUUCAACGCCCACGAGCCCAUCGUCAUCUCAGACUCUGACGACCAAAGCGACGAUGUCGUCGAUGGCAAACUCACUGUGAGGGCGGCCCUUCAGAAACAGGAAGAGGGGGAGUUGGAGUUGGAGGGGAUCGACGAUGUUGACGAGGACAAGGCGUCUACCGCUCUCCAUCAAACGAACUUGGCCAACCUAUUCACCUACCGCAGUCCCACAAAGGCGCGAGCUGUGCGUAAGGCAGACACCCAGAACCUGCCAAAGAGGCAGACUCUCAAGCCCGAAACCAGUGCCGAAGAGCUCUUCAGACCAUCCACAUCUUCCAGCAAGCUGUUGUCGGCCCUGCAGACGGAUACAUCAGCACCAGCCUUGAUACUUGCCGCCGAAAGCUCGUUGCCUGCCCCUAAAAAGUCGAAGGCUGCAAAGGGCAUACCGAGAGCUACAAUCCCCUUGAGGAAGACGCUAGAGGCUGCCAAAAUAGCUGGCGUUGCUCCUCUUGACCUCGACCGUGUAUCAUCACACGGCUUUCGCCUCAUCCUGCGCUGCUCUUUCUGCGCCGGCCUAUUUGCCAAAUCCACCUCCCCCAAAGUCAAGCAGCAGCACAUGUCGCUUUGUGCGCCACUUCAGGGGAUCGAGAAAAGUGUUACCGCCGUCGACACCAUCUCUUCCGACAUAUCAAGAGCCCUUCGACGCGAUGAAGAGGACCAGAAGAAAGCGGCAGACAACCGCACCGUUCUACAGGAUGUAAUGCAUGACGCCGACAUCCUCAUGCACGAGGGCCGUGCCAGCCAGAUUGAGACUUCCCCCAAGAAGCGCGGCAAGGACAAGGUCGUGCUGAAAAAAGCCAUUAAGCGGUCGGCCAGGCCAGCGGUGCUUGUGGCAGAAGAACCUUCAGUCGAAGGCAGUCCCGCCCCACGUUUUGCUACCCACCGCCUGCUACCUGCUCGUAGGGCGAUGCGAGCAGCUCGCGAGAUUGCCAAUCAGCUGCUCGGCAGCGCCAUCGCGCUCAAGGCCGAGUCCAGCGAGAGCGGAGAUGCUGACGAGACGCUCGGGGCUGACUUCUACGGUCAGUCUUCGGACGCUCAUUCAGAUGCUAAGCUGUCCAACACUCCCAAAAAGAUGCGCAAAAAACGCUUCUCGCACGUCGACAAUUCCGACAACACCGACCUUUUCGACCCUGACGACAUCAUUGAACAAGAAAGUCAUCUUCCUGUUCUUUCUGCCCAGCAAGUCUUUGCCUCGAUGGUAUCCUCGAGCCCGCACAAGAGUCCUGUUAAGGCCCUCCAAAAGUCUCGUGAGCGUCAAGCUUCGAACUCCAAGCAGAGUCCUGGCAGCCCUAGCCAGCCACAGACGCAGCCUUUUGCGCCCUCAAAGCUGGCUCAGCGACGCCAGACCCCGGGUGACAAAGCUAGAGAGGGGCUAUUUGGCGCUCAAACCACCACACGUUCGCUGCUCGAUCUCGUGCGAAGCCAUCAAGGUGGGGAUGUUGGCGAUGCCUCUGGCCAGUCCAAGCGCAAAGCAGACGGCGACGACGACGACGAGCUGGCUCCCAGCAUUGCACUCACGAAAAGGGUCAGGUUGGACGAUGGCGAGCUCGACCCACUUUCGACCGGCUUAGACUCAGUGCAAAGCGAACAGUCGCAUGCACCCGCUACUCGCAGCUCUGUCGAUGACGACAUGGACGUCGAUGACCAGGUGGAUCAGAGAGCGCCAUCAACUCAGUCUGGUACGAGCACGGGUAAGCCUCAUAAGGGUCUUGUCGGUAAAGCAAGUUUGGCGUUGGCAAAUGGCAUGCCUGGUACUGACGAAAACCAAGAGCAAGCUCCUUUCCCACUGGAACAGACGGCGCUGAAUGAAUGCAGCGCUGAUUCAAACGACGAAGUUUUCGAUAAGUGUGAUGCGAUGACACUUGUCGGCGCCGCCGACAGCCUCGACGAGAUCCUGACGGAAGAUGAUGACGAAGAUACGCAAUCGUUUCUUGAUCUGUUGGAGCCGCUGGACGUCAUGCACGAAUCUAUCGUCUCGCCAAUUUAA